AUCCACUCUCCUGGUAUUCCCUACUUGGAUGAAUUGCUUCAAGAUCCAAAGGUGGAAGGUUCCUUUGACUUUGCAUUUGUGGACGCUGAUAAGGAGAACUACUUGAAUUACCAUGAGAGACUACUGAGGCUUGUGAAGGUUGGAGGACUCAUUAUGUAUGAUAACACUCUGUGGGGUGGUAGCCUUGCCAUGGAUGAGUCCUCCCUCUCAGAGCACAUGAAGAAGACGAGACCCAAUCUGCUCAAGCUCCAAGAAACACUAGCCAUCGAUUCGCGUGUCGAGAUCUCGCAGAUCUUCAUAGCUGAUGGUGUCACACUUUGCCGAAGGCUAUAUUGACCUUUUUGACAUGAUUGAUUUCCAUUGGUUUCUCAGUAAUUUAGGGUUUUAUGCAUAACAUAGUACCUUAAUAUGUAGGGGUUGCAAUGUUAACUCGCCUGAUCGGCUCCCCCCUAAACAACCAAAUAUGGCACGGGGAUGAGGCUAGGCCUGAGCUUGACCCAUGGCUGGUACGGCACGGGCUCGGGCCAUGUUUGGCUCGAUCCAGACUUGACCCUUUGGUAGUCAUGUACUAAGCUGCAAAUGCGAUAAACAUAAACAAAUACCAUUGAUAUUAUGAAUAAAUUUAGGUGCAGGGUUGGUAUUCUCGGCUA